AAGACACGCACACAUUUACGUAGCUGGAGCAAAUGGCAAACAAGGCUGAAACCUGGUUUAGCGAGCAAAAUGAGACUGCCCAGGGCCUAGCGAUAAAGGCUUGGAUCUACCAUUUUCUAUACGCAACAACUGUCAAUUGAACUGUGGAAUUCUGCACACACGUGUACAGUAUACAACAGUUAACGGUUCGUGCUUCUGUUUCUAGAAGAGUAUAAUACUUGUGCCGGCCUUGCCGUAUCAGCUGGUGGCUCUGUAUAUGGAUAUCGCUGUCUUCCAUUAGCUUGCUAUAGUGAGGUAUCAUGAUGGCUCCGGAACAAAAACGUGAUAAAGAUAAUGGUGGUGUCAUACGCCAGACACCUUUUGACGAGAUGAUUGAUGGCGACAGCACUUAUAAAGGCUUCUGCUGUACGUUUAUGAUGUUCAUCGGGAUGUACCUUUUCAAAUUGGGCUGGGAGUACCAAUUGCAGUAUGGACACCUUCCAGAUGACCUUAUCCAAAUACUGGGCUUGGAUUUGGGGUGUAUUGCACGUAUGGAGAUCUUGAUGUACUUGGGAAUGUUCACGAGUUUCUCGGUGGUUUCGCUCGUGAAGGUGGAUCUACUGAACUGGUACUAUUCAGGUUGGACAUUCAUGGCUCUGUACGAGUUGUUCUAUCUGUUCUCUUUCAACUAUUUGGUACGCAGGUGUGAAUGGAUCACAAGAGCAUUGAUAUUCCUACACUCGUGUGCACAAGUAAUGAAGAUUCAUUCGUAUGCCUUUACUUUGGGCUCCUCUGCUCAUCAACAACGGGUCACGUUGAGAGACUUCUUCAUGUAUACGAUGUAUCCAACACUUGUUUAUGAAACCAAUUUUGUUAGAACGUCACGUGUUCGUCUUGGCUAUCUGAUCAAGAGGAUCUUUUUGAUACUGGUCAUGUUGUAUUCGCUGGUGAUUGUUAUCGACUGUUCUAUGGGCCCGAUAGUGACUGAGAUUGUACAAACCCCGGUAGUUUCAGCAACUACGGUGAUUACGAAUAUCUUGAAACUGUUCCCCAGUAUGUUCUUACUGUGCUGUUUAGCAUUCUAUCUCGUCUGGGAGUGCCUACUAAACGUUAUAGCAGAACUGACGUAUUUUGCAGAUAGAGACUUUUACAAGGACUGGUGGAAUUCAGGCUCAAUAUUAGAAUUCUGUAACACAUGGAACAGAUCCGUUCACAAGUUCUUGAAAAGGCACGUCUACUUGCCCACUGUCAGGCAAUUCAACGGGAACAAAUUCUACGGAAUAGUGGCUGUUUUCCUCCUUAGUGGGCUCGUUCAUGAGCUGGCGCUUUUCGUCAUUUUCCAAAGACCUAAGACACAUUUCAUCCUACUCUUUAUGUCCCAGUUACCGGUCAUAAUGGUUCAGUCGCCGCAGUGGACAAGGAGCAAUAGAAUGGUUGCGAAUUUCCUAUUCUCCGUUUACAUCGUUCUGGGUCCCUCGUUCCUCACAGUGAUGUACCACAUGUGCUGACGGCAGGCUGUCAGUGGCAAGCUGUCAGUGGCAAGCUGUCAAUGGCAAGCUGUGCACUUGAAUAGAUGAAUCCAACGUUAGGCACGCUUCGCUGCAUCAUGGGC